GCUUUGUUCAAUCUCUUGUAAUUGUGUGCCUGUGGAAUCCUUCGAGUAGAGAAAAUCGUCAUCAAUUGUCUGUGUGAAUUGUUUUCGCCAAAAGUGAUAAGUGCUGUGAUUGGUUUGCUUAUUUUUAUUUAGCUUGUUUGCUGUUUGUUCUGUGCCCGUCUAUUCCCGUCUCACCGUUGUUCUGUUUGGGCUUUGGUUUACAAAGAGCAUUGCCUACACGUAACAUCAAUGAGUAAGAUGACUAAAAACAAACUCAAUCUGACGUUGCCGCCUGGCUCGGUGGAUGUUCCCGCUGGGCAACAGACAACGCCAACACCCUCCUUCAAAACACCAUCCGGCACCGAGUAUGUAAUUGGCAAGCAUAACCUACUGGGAAAGGCGAAAAACAGUAUCGAUGCGCUUACGGAAACGCUGGAAGAGCUGGAAAUGGAAGAAAGUGCACGCAAACGCAUUAAGGUGUUUCUCAGCCAGAAGGAAAAGAUCGGCGAACUGAGCGAUGAGGAUUUGGAGAAGCUGGGCGAACUUGGUUCGGGCAAUGGAGGAGUAGUCAUGAAGGUGCGCCACAUUCCCACCCAGCUUAUAAUGGCCCGAAAGUUGAUACACUUGGAGGUGAAGCCAGCGAUCAAGAAACAGAUCAUCCGCGAACUGAAGGUAUUGCAUGAGUGCAACUUCCCGCACAUCGUUGGAUUCUACGGUGCGUUCUACAGUGAUGGUGAGAUCAGCAUCUGCAUGGAGUACAUGGAUGGAGGUUCGCUGGAUUUAAUUUUAAAGCGUGCCGGAAGAAUACCUGAAGCUAUAUUAGCGAAAAUAACAUCGGCGGUUCUGAAGGGAUUGAGUUACCUGCGAGAUAAGCACGCCAUCAUGCACAGGGACGUUAAACCGAGCAACAUUCUUGUAAACAGUAGCGGAGAGAUAAAGAUAUGCGAUUUUGGGGUGUCUGGACAGCUGAUCGAUUCUAUGGCUAACUCCUUCGUGGGCACUCGAAGCUAUAUGUCGCCCGAGCGCCUACAGGGUACCCACUAUUCCGUUCAAUCCGAUAUAUGGUCUCUUGGACUGUCGCUGGUGGAAAUGGCCAUUGGCAUGUAUCCCAUUCCACCGCCAGAUGCCAAAACAUUAGAUUUAAUAUUCCAGGAUAGGGGAGACGAUAGCUCACCCGGUCAAAGCAUCAUUGAACCGAAACCGAUGGCGAUAUUUGAGCUGCUCGAUUACAUCGUAAACGAACCACCUCCCAAAUUGGAACACAAUUCAUUCACCGAUCGGUUUAAGAACUUUGUCGACCUUUGUCUCAAGAAAAAUCCCGAAGAGCGUGCAGAUUUGAAAACAUUGAUGAAUCAUGAAUGGAUUAAAAACAUCGAAACCGAAGACGUUGAUAUUGCCGGCUGGGUUUGCAAAACGAUGGAUUUGGCACCGUCGACACCGAAGCGGAACGCGUCACCGUUUGCCAAUUAAAUGAGGUCGCUGCAGUGUGUGUGUAUAUGCAUUCUCCGAUACGAAGCAGGAUUAUUUUAUCGUUUAGAGUUUUAGCUUGUUUAGUGUGUAACCGUAUGUGGGGCCGCAGUCUUCAAUGCGUAGCAGGAACAUUUUAUCGUUUGAGCCCUUACGAACCUUACGUUAUGAAGGUAAGGUAUUACAAUUUAUUAAGUAUUUUAAAACGGUCAACCGGAAGGAGGUAGUUUUACGGAUAAGGAUUGUGAUUGUAUUCUAUCCCCCCAAAACAAUUGUUAUUAGUUUUCCUUAGUUUUAUUAUCGAUUUUUGUUUAUUUCCAUAUACAUAAACCACAAAAAAAGAAACCUGUUUUAAAAUAACUGUAAACACUGUCAGCUUUCGUUUUGAUGUAUGUUUUUUAUGUUGUAGUUAAAGUAAAACAAAAACUAUGAUAAGUUGCUGCUUUCUUCUUUUAAACUGUCGUGUUAAAAUCAAAUGCAGUCAAGGAAACAAAUAAUUGCAAUAUUCACAACAUUGCGCUUUCGCUCACUCUCUCUUUCUCUGUCUGCACAAACAUUUGAAAAAAUUACAUUGUAUUUGAUAGACUGGAACAACCAAUGAAUGAUUCCAACAGAACACGAUUUACACUAGGAUUAUCAAACAUACUUGUAUUAAUGAUAUUUUCGUCGCACUUAUUACUACACAUAAGCUCCUCCACCCUCAUCUGUCGCAAUAUAGGAAGGAUAUAUUAUAAGAGGAUAUCCACGAAAACAAGAUGUACAUUGUUACAGAAACAGAAUUGCUGCUACAAACAAAAACCAAAAACGGCAAUGGCCAGUUUUCUGUGUUUGUUGUGUCUAUUCCGAAUAAAGAUGAAUAGUUAAGGAAAUUACUUACAUGGGAAACCAACACAUUUGAACAAAAUACAUCUAUUUAUUAAUCUCUAUUUGGGGCAAAAGGGUUCUUUUACGUGUUUAUGGAAACUAAAACGAUACAUAACCACAUGCAUGCAUAAUUCUUCCUUUUGAAUCAAGAUACAUUUACUGUUGUUUAUCAGUUACGUGGUUAUAUAGUUUAAAUUGAAGGCACAUAUUUGUUUUAUUUUUGCUUUUUUCGUCACGAGCUAAUGCUUUUAUCAAUUUUAAGCUAAGCUUUUAUUUGUUGUUUCCGUUAAAUGUUUCCAAUACUGUUUUGUGAUGUUAUAAAGCGCAUAAUCUAUCUUAUAGCAUAAACAAACAUUACUAAAAUCUGUCACGAUAAUAAGUGCGACGAAAAUUCGAAUGGUCCGAAAUGUCAAAAUAUUUGAUAAGAAAACGUAAUGAUUCCUUUAACAUAACCAACCAUCAACCGUUAUAAAGCGCCUAAUUAUAAGUACAGAAGAAUGUGUGAUGUAUGUUAGAACUAGAGGGAUCUUUUUACCGGUCCAUCAUUCCACGCCAGACUACUCGCGUGACCUCAUUAAACAACACGAGUAGAGGACCUAACGACUAAUCCUGCACGUACGUUGAGUUUUCUGCGCUUGAUUGGAUCAACCUUCAGAAUUUAAGCAAAUAAAAAUCGU